CACGGUGAUGUCGAGCUGUCGUGAGAAAAUUGCAUUUCGCACCAUCAUAACUGACUUUUUACCACUUGGCCGGAAUAUCCUUUGAAAUGUGAAUACCGAGUAUUAUGCAGUAAAGAUGUAACAUGUUAUUACAUGUCUGGUCUAGUUAAUCAGUAAAAAUAAAUAUUUAAAAAAAAAACCGUUACAGAUAGUCGACUAUGUUUACCACCCACGAAGACUUUUGCAAUAAACAUUCUUUUAUUGAUGGCCCAUUAAAUACUUAACUGAUAAGAGAAAAAUUAGGCGUGAAAAAAAGAGACCGCGAACAAACAAAAAAUUACAAUAAUUGUGAAAAUAGCUGAGAACCUACACAACGAUAUUUGGCUAAUAAAGGUUCUAGAUAGGGAAAGAAAGAAACCAAACAAAUUCAAGUGAUUUAGCUGCGAUAAUGGCACACUGAAAGUCUAUCACUUGCGGAUAUAAAUUUGGCAGAAAAACCUACAACUCAUUCCAUUAUCGCCAUCCCAAACGAACGUUAAACAAAUCGUCUGUCCCGGGACAAUUACUCUAACCAAAUUGCCUUCAAUUGACCUAUAACCGUGAAAUGAAUCGGCAUAGAUCGUCCAAGUCAUUAGAAGAACAUUGCGUUUGAAUUAACCAAGACGAGAGUGAGAGCGCGCACAAAAGAAGAAAAGUCUAUGUUUGAGUGCUGGGGUCUACCAAAAAAAAAAAAAAAAUCGCGAAAUCAAUUACUUUCUUUGGCCUCGAAUCACAAUUUUAAUUGAUUGAUUCCAUCAAACGGUUUGAGAAACUAUUUCGCCGUAGUCUGAAUCGGGUUUUCGUUAAGCGAACAACAUGGGUGCAGAGCCACGGAAAAAAACUGAAAAGCCCAAAAAUCCUGGUGAACAACAAAGAAAUGUGGGAUUUUUUGAACUCUUCUCCUUUGCCACCAAAUGGGAAUAUGUGCUGCUGGUGAUUGCAUUUAUUGCGGCAUUUCUAAAAUCCUUGGUGUUCCCCAUUAUCAUUGUGGUCUACAGUGAACUGGUGGCCAUGUUUGUGGAUAGAAAUUUGUGUCUGCCAACAACAAAAACUUAUUUUUUACCUCUAUUUGGCGGUGGAAAUUAUUUAAUCAAUGGAACAUUCGAAGAGAAUAUGGAAGAGCUGAAAAAUGACUCCAUGUCAUUCGGUAUAAUUUGUGCGCUCGAUUCACUACUCAUGUUCAUUUCGGGCAUAAUUUAUGUGGAUCUCUUCAAUCAUGUCGCUCUAAAUAUUGUGGUACGAAUGCGACGCGAUUUCUUUGAGGCCACAAUACGUCAAGACAUUGGUUGGCAUGAUAUAGCCAAAAAUCAAAACUUUGCCGUUAGAAUAACAGACAACAUGGAAAAAAUACGAAAUGGUAUUUCGGAAACUAUUGGGCACUUUGUAAUGAUGUUCUUUGAUAUUGUGAUUAGCAUUCUAAUCUCGUUCAUAUAUGGGUGGCGUUUGACCUUGGCCAUUUGUGCCUAUAUACCACUAACCAUGGUCAUCAAUUACAUUGUGUCAAAGUACCAAAGUAAACUCACCACAAAGGAACAAAAUGUCUAUGCCAAGGCUGGCUCCAUUGUUGAAGAGAUCAUUAGUUCAAUACGCACUGUAGUGGCUUUCGGCGGUGAAAAGUCGGAAAGAGAUCGUUAUGAUAGUCUUUUGAAACCUGGUGUGAAUGCAGGCAAAAUUAGAGGCAUAUUCACCGGUUUGGGUGAUUCUGUUUUAAAAUCCAUGUUAUUCAUUAGCAGUGCCGGUGCUUUUUGGUAUGGAGCUCACUUGAUUCUAGACGAUCGUUAUAAGGAUCCCGAGGAUCAGGAAUAUACACCGGCCAUAUUGAUGAUUGUCAUUUGCGGCAUUGUGGUGGGAGCCGAUCACAUAGCACGUACCUCCCCAUUUCUAGAAGCUUUUGCAAAUGCUCGUGGUUCAGCUGUGGCCAUUUAUGAAGUUCUGGAAAAUGAGUCAAAAAUCGAUCCCUUAUCCAAGGAGGGCAAAGUUGUCAACUAUGGUCUCAAGUGCAACAUAGAAUUUCAGGACAUUUUCUUUUCAUACCCCUCUCGCCCAGAUACCAUUGUCUUAAGUGGUUUCAAUCUGCAAAUUAAAGAAGGCGAAACAGUGGCCUUAGUUGGCUAUUCGGGAUCAGGAAAGUCCACUUGCGUUCAAUUGUUACAAAGAUUCUAUGAUCCACUUUUUGGAAAAAUUAUGCUCGACAAUAAAGAUAUACGCGAGUUCAAUGUCAACUGGCUGAGAUCGAAUAUGGCUGUGGUGGGUCAGGAGCCGGUAUUGUUCUAUGGAACCAUAGAGGAAAAUAUACGUCACGGCAAAAUGGAUGCCACACAAAAGGAAAUUGAAGAUGCCGCAAAAGCUGGAGGCGCUCAUGAUUUUAUCAUAGGCCUACCGGAUGGCUACAGUACUUUGAUCAGCGAGAAGGGAGUCCAAUUAUCAGGAGGUCAACGUCAACGUAUAGCCAUAGCUCGAGCACUUAUACAAAACCCAAAGAUUCUACUACUGGACGAAGCAACGUCCGCUUUAGAUUAUCAUUCCGAGAAAUUGGUGCAAGCCGCCUUAGAUGGUGCCAGCAAAGGACGCACGACUCUAGUCGUAUCCCAUCGUUUAUCGGCCAUUUGUCAUGCAGAUCGUAUCGUUUACCUGGACAAGGGCAAAUUGAUUGAGGAGGGCAACCAUGAGAGUCUAAUGAAACUAAAGGGACGUUAUUAUGACAUGGUCACAGCGCAUGAAUAUGAAAGUCUGCUGAGUGCCAAUCUCGAAACGGAAGACCUCGCUCAAGAGAAGGAAAUAGAAAAAGAAAAGGAGGCAAUUGUUAUCAGUGAAAAGAAUGCCAAUGCCAAUGGAGUAGUAAAUGUUCCCCGUUUCUCUGAGGCUUCUUUGGAUAAGAACAUGAUCCAAGCUUUUGCAGGUCGCUGCUCUCUAACAGACCCCUCCCUAAACGAAUUCACCUCGAUAGAAAAGACUCAAUAUAUAAAAACCUUCAAGCGGGUAAUUCAAUGCGCCAAACCAGAGUGGGGCUUUUUGAUAAUUGCUGCAGUGUGUGCCCUCUUGUAUGGAUGUGCCCAACCUGCCUUUGCAUUUGUGUUUGCCGAUCUCUUUGGUUCACUAAAUGAAAUCGAAGAGGAUGAUGUUCUUAGAAAAACCGGAAGAUCAGCAAUUAUAGCAACUGUUGUGGGUAUUUUGGCGGGAGUGACAUGCUUCACCCAAACCUAUUUCUUCAAUUUAGCUGGUCUUUGGUUCACAUCGAGACUGAGAUCAAUAACAAUCGGCAGUAUGCUUCGACAAGAAAUGGCCUGGUUUGAUCACAAGGAAAACAGUGUGGGCGCAUUAUCUGCUCGUCUAGCCGGAGAUGCCGCAGGAGUUCAGGGAGCUAUUGGAUUUCCCCUAAGCAACAUGUUGCAGGCUUUCUCUAAUUUUAUUUGCAGUUUUUCCAUAGCAUUUUCCUAUUCCUGGGAAUUGGCCUUGAUAUGUUUGACAACAGCGCCAUUUAUGGUGGCAUCUGUGGUCUUUGAAGCCAGAUACACCAAUAAAAGUGCGGUCAAGGAAAAGGAAAUAUUGGAGGAGACCAGCCGCAUAGCUACCGAAACCAUAGCUCAAAUACGUACAGUGGCUGCUCUGCGCAGAGAGGCGGAUCUAAUAAAAAUCUACGAUCUGGAAGUCGAGCGAUAUCGCCAAGAGAUCAGAAGGAAACUUCGUUAUAGAGGUAUUAUCAAUUCAUUGGGCAUGGCGAUUAUGUUUUUGGGUUAUGCCAUUACCCUGACCUAUGGUGGUUACAUGUGUGCCGAUGGAAAAAUUCAGUUCGAAAACAUAAUGAAAAUCUCCAAUUCAAUGCUUUAUGGUCUGUUUAUUUUGGCACAAUCUCUGGCAUUUACUCCCAUGUUCAAUGCCGCCUUGGUUUCGGCGGAUCGUAUAUUUGCCAUAGUGGAUCGAGAACCGGAAAUACAAUCACCGGAUCUUAGCUUGUCAAGGCCUUUCUCACAAUUUCCUUUGAAAAAUAAUGUGGUACAAGGUGUCAAUUUCCGAGACCUGCACUUCCGUUACCCCACACGAAGAGAUCAAAAAGUUUUGAAUGGGCUCAAUCUGGAUGUGAUGCAGGGCAAAACUGUAGCAUUGGUGGGUGCCUCGGGAUGCGGCAAAUCAACAUGUGUCCAAUUACUUCUGCGGUAUUACGAUCCAGAUAUGGGUAAAAUUUUCAUCGACCAGGAGGAUAUACAUCACGAUAUGACAUUGACAGGUCUGCGCAGGCGUAUUGGUAUUGUCUCACAGGAACCCUCACUUUUUGAGAAGACAAUAGCAGAGAAUAUAGCAUAUGGUGAUACCACGCGCACCAUUCCCAUGGGGGAGAUAAUAGCUGCAGCGAAAAUGGCCAAUGCCCACGAUUUCAUAUCGGCUCUACCCUCGGGUUAUGAGACGUGUCUUGGCGCACGUGGCACCCAGUUGUCCGGUGGCCAGAAACAACGCAUCGCAAUUGCCCGAGCAUUGGUGAGGAAUCCCAAUAUCCUACUACUCGACGAGGCUACCUCAGCUUUAGAUUUACAGAGCGAACGUAUCGUUCAAACAGCCCUGGACGAGGCUUGUUCGGGUCGCACUUGCCUGGUGAUAGCCCAUCGUUUGGCCACCGUACAAAAUGCAGAUGUGAUAUGUGUUAUACAGGGUGGCCGUGUAAUCGAGCAAGGCAAUCACCCCACCUUGUUGGCCAAGAAUGGCAUUUAUGCCAAAUUGUAUCUCAGUCAGCCAAAUACACGCUAGAAAUGCUAAGAAUAUUUGUAAGUUUAGAUUAUGUAAGGCAAUAUUUAUGUGGGAUUUUUUAGCUCACAAUGACUAAAGCCAUAGAAUAUGGAGUAAGAUAAUUGUUUCUAAGAAAGUCCUGAAAAACAAAUGCGAAAAUUAAGCAUAUACCCCUCGAACAUAGACAAAUAUGAAUGACCCAUCUCACAACUGAAAAGUUUUAUAAAUGUAAAUGAUAUUCAGAAAAUAAAUUUUCCCCCCAACAGCAAACAUUGUUUGCUAGAUUUUUUUGUAAUAAUAA